CAAUUAGUAUGUUUCAUUCAUUUCAAUCAACAAGAUGGGUGCACAUAACAAAAAUCUUCGUGUGGCUUUGGGCCUGUCAAUAUUCGCCCUAAUUUUGAUUUUUAUUGCAUUUGUUUCUCCCUAUUGGCUUGUAUUUGAUGGAAAAUUAAAAAAUCCAAAGUUUUUGAAUCUUGGUCUAUGGACAGUAUGUUUCAAAAAUUUCACCGAUAUCCAUCGAUUUUAUGACUAUCGUUUUGAAGGAUGUAUGUGGGUAUUUGAGGAAGAAUUCUAUAUCAUCCAUGACUUCCUUUUGCCGGGUUUCUAUAUAGCCGUUCAAUUUUUCUUCACAUUGGCAUUCACUUUACUUCUGAUAUCGAUCAUACUGACACUUGGUAUCUUUGCUUUUACACGAGAUGACGAUCGCUAUAUGGUCGUUUUACUCAGCAAUGGGGCAUCGCAAGUGGCUGGAGCGUUAUUUGGUUUGAUCGCCGUGAUCAUAUUUGGUGCAAGAGGCGAUGGAAGAGAUUGGAUGCCACAUUGGGAAAAUAAUAACAUGGGAUGGGCUUAUGCUUGUGCCUGUGUAGGUGUUUGUACAUUGUUACCGAGUGGAGUUCUUUACAUGGCCGAGGCGAGAAGAGAACGAUAUAAGCAAUUAAAUGAGAUCGGUACCCGCGAAGCAAGUGCCUACAGUGUUGGAGAAGAUAUCCGAAAGUUCGAACAGCGACAACAUGGACAUACAGAUAUUUGAAAAAUUCAUAUCUGAAAAACAAUUUUAUCGAUAAGUUUAAAAAACAAUUUUUUAAUCGAAGAAAAAAGUAUUAUUCAACAUUCCGUCCGUAUGACAAUAAUCAAUAAAAAUAAUUCAAUAAUUUAAAAAUACACAGUC